AUGAAUGUCCUCCUCUCCUCCCGCAAAAACCUCCCUUCCAGCACCACCAGCACCACCAUCCCAGGCCGAACGCCCUUCACCGAAGUCCUCCAAACCUCAACCGUAAUCGUAAUAACCUGCCCCCUCAUCCCCGAAACCAUUAACCUAAUCUCCCACCCCGAGUUCUCGCUCAUGCGCCCCGACGCGCUCCUCAUCAACGUCGCCAGAGGCGGGAUUGUGAACGAAGAAGCUCUAGUAGACGCGUUGAAGCAGGCACGGUUGAAGGGCACGGCGACUGAUGUGUUUGUCGAGGAGCCGGCAGGGGAGGCGAACAGUGUGUUAUUGCGGGAGUUGAAGAAGAGUCCGGGUGGAGAUGCGGAGUUGGAGGGCAGGGUCGUCGUUAGUCCGCAUGUGGCUUGGUAUGCUCGGAGUAGUAUUGAGAAACUGAGACGCGUCGUAGGGGAGAAUAUAGAGGCGUGGGUUGGUAGGGAAGAGGGAAAAGUUCAAUUUGUGGGGUUGGGGGAAUUUCCUGCCUACAAUUGA